AUGUCUACUCCAGCACGGCCACUGGCUGCUCUCAAAUCAGCUCUGCGCCAAUUGCGCGCCGACAAGCAUCACUCGCGCUACUAUGCCACCGCCGCUCCAACAACCACCGGCAGGCCCGUAAACUUCCACCCCGGUGCCAUCAUGACCGGCCGCAACAGCGAACACAGCAUGAAGAAGAUCCCCGUCUUCCCCGCCGUCCCUUCAGCACGCGCAAACUGCAAAGACCCCAUCGCCGCCAUCACUCAGACCCAAAUCUCCACCCUCGACCCUAAUGGCGCCCGCACCCGCCUCUUCAGUCGCGAGAACGUAGACCGCGCAAACGUCGGUGACAUCCUUCUCGUUCGUCUCAAGAACGGCGACCAAUACGCCGGAGUAUGUCUCAACAUCCGCCGCCAAGGCAUCGACACAGCCAUCCUUCUGCGCAACAACCUGACCCGCGUUGGUGUCGAGAUGUGGUACAAGAUCUACAGUCCCAAUGUCGAAGGUAUCGAAGUUGUCCAAAGGAAGGAGAAGAGAGCAAGAAGAGCAAGACUUUACUACAUGCGCCAGCCCAGACACGACAUUGGCAGUGUCGACAACAUCGUCAGGCAAUACCAGAGACAGCGUGCCAUGUUGCGCAGCUCAGAAGUCAAGAGCAGGGAUUCCAACUCGCGCAAGAAGAAGAACAACAAGCGUGGCUCCAACUAG